CUUUCUCCCUCUCUCUCUCUCUAAAUCACAACAUUACUCACAAUCGUUUUGUCUCUCUCUCUCAGCAUGUUCAGUUUUACAUUGAUUAAUCUUCUGAAAUUCGAUCUUUUUGGGUUUCCAUCGAAUUAUCAUUGUCCUGCUUCGUCUCGUCUGUAGAAUGGGGUUGGGUGGUGGUCGCAAUCACCACGUCGUGCUCCAUGCGAUUAAUUCGGGAUUUCUCGUGGUUGGUUGGUGGCUCCUUUUUGACCCCAUUGUUAAUUAUUGGGGAUUAUUAUGAUCUCUAUCUUUGAAUUUUAUAUUUUUUUUUCUUAUAUUUUCUGGAGGCAUAUCAUAGCUUUGUUUUCAUUGUUGGAGGUGGGAUCCUCAUGAUUUUAGAGACCAUCAAAGUUUUUUUUUUCCUUUUCUUUUCCUUUUGUGUCAACAUCAUAGUAACUCUUUUAUUUUAGUAGUUAGUUUCGAGCUGGUUUAAUUCAAAGAAUACAUGUGAUUGACUUGAAACGAUUUAUUGCAGAGUAGCCGCGUGUUAAAAGAGAGAUUUGACUCUGACCAAUCAAUUACUACAUUGUGGUCGGGCUGUCAUUACUUGGCAGCCCGAGUUCGUUUGAAGAAUCAAAAGGAACCUUUGCUUCCAGAUUGUGGCCAUCAUGAGUUAUUUGUCUGGGGGUAUCCAACGCCCACUUGUUGCUGCUGCAGCUGUUAUCGCCGCUUCCGUCUCUGCUGAUGUCUCUGACAAGUUCUCCUCUCUUAGAUCACUAGUUCGAGGUUCUGAACCAGAGCCAAUUGCUGCUUCAGUCUCUAGUUCUGUUCAGGACGAAAAGUCAUUAUGGGUUUCUCAUAUGUCAACCUCCAAGCUCGCUGAUUUAUCUUUCAUGUCCAGGAUUCGUCUUCCUGUACCAAAUGUUGAUCUCCUAGCUCCUAACCCCAGCUGUACUCUCGCUCCUUCUCUUACUUCGUUGCCCGCUCUUCGCAGCGCUUAUCAGUCUGCGGAGUUGGCUAAGGCAUCAAAACCAGCAGCAUUCACAACUGGGGCCUCUCUUGUUGUUCCAGAUGUUUCUUACAAGUGGCAUUUGCCUGAGACUGAUGCAGUUGAUCUGUCUGGUUCCUCGAGAUGUGCGUUGGAGAAGAAUAGGACCGUUGUGGUUUUGCUUGGAUGGCUUGGAUCGAAGCAGAAGCAUAUGAAGAAAUAUGCGGAGUGGUAUACUUCAAGGGGUUACCAUGUCAUCACGUUUACUCUCCCCAUGAAUGAGAUUAUGAGCUACCAAGUUGGAGGAAAAGCAGAGAAGAACAUCGAGUCUCUGGUUAAUCACCUGGCUGAUUGGUUGGAUGAAGAGGAUCAGAAGAAUCUCGUCUUUCAUACCUUCAGCAACACCGGAUGGUUAACAUAUGGAGCCAUUUUGGAAAAGUUUCAGAAGCAAGAUUCUUCAUUGAUGGGAAGGGUUAAAGGGUGCAUAGUAGACUCAGCUCCUGUUGCUGCUGCUGAUCCUACUGUAUGGGCAUCAGGUUUCUCCGCCGCAUUCUUGAAGAAAAACAGUGUAGCCACUAAAGGAUCCGGAAGCUCGUCAUUUGAGUCAAACAUGGGAGCACGUAUAAACUUCUCCGAGCCUAAACCCGCUGCAAUAGAAACAGCGUUGCUUAUGAUUCUGGAGAAGUUCUUCGCCGUGAUUCUUAAUCUUCCCAAAGUAAACAGGAGACUAGCUGAUGUUCUAGAGACUUUAUCAUCAUCACAACCAAGAUGUCCACAGUUGUACAUUUACAGCUCUGCGGAUAGAGUUAUACCCGCGGGGCAAGUUGAGUCAUUCAUUGUAGAGCAGAGGAAAGCAGGGCACGAGGUCCGUGCCUGCAACUUCAUAUCUUCACCUCAUGUAGACCAUUUCAGGAGUAACCCAGAGCUUUAUACAGCUGAGCUCAACCAUUUCAUGGACAACUUUGUCCUUGCUUGUUGCAACCAUUCUUCAUAGCGACCGUCCACACAAGUGUUGUUGUUGUUGCUAACUUUGAUUCUUUGGGUCAUUUUUAUACUGAGAAAAGAAAAAAAAGGACUACUUGAUGAUUCUUUUGGUUUGGAUUUGUGUAUAGAUUGAAUUACUACAGUUAACAGAUUGUUUCUUCUCUUGUAAAUGUUUGGACUUUGUACAUUUAGGAGCAUGGAGAUUCAAGAGAGGGACCUCGUGUUGUUUUUAUUGUUA